GACGUUUUAUUGGUUGCUUCCGAGAUGACUGAGCAGUUCGAAUUUCGGCGGUACACCGUAGCUAUAUUUUGAAAUUUUACGAAAAAAAAUUAAAAUUGGAUAAUCAACUGGUAUGCUUCCUUACUUUUAGUGAUGUUUUAGCUAAGGAGGAAACUUGAGCAGUUCUAUCAUCGAUGUAGUUUUAGGUCGGGAGGGAAAUGCUGUUCUCCCAGAACCCCAAAUGGCCCAAAUCCCAUUGUAGGCUACUGUGAGAUACAAGCGUUCAGAAAACAACACAGUCAACUCAACGGAGUAUCGGUUCUUAAGUAUCCUUUAGAAUUUCGUAGCUGCUUUAGCAACAAAUCUGUUCAAAAUCUCGCGGGAAAAAUAUCAUUGUCAAGUCAUCGCGAAAUCGAGGCAAACGAUAUAUCGUUUCUUGUGAUUGGUUGAUUUUUAAAACGCUGCUACUCAGCUCAACGAACAACGAGUACAUUUCAAUCGAUAUUUAUCAAAAGAAAUUCGAAGGCCGCACAUUUUCUACAUUCUUUUUGGUCCAAGGAGACGUCGUUUUUAUUUGAAAACAUGUUUCUGAAAUCUAAGAGAUUUCAAGAGUCAGUUCCCCAGGCACCUCCUGUUGGCUUGUAUGAUGUCAAGAAUCGUAAACAAGGCCUUGCACCUGGCUUUGGCAAGGGAAAACGAUUUGCUGAAUUAAAGGACUCUGGUCCUGGUCCUGGAAAUAAUGUUAGUCUACUUGAUAUGAGUGCCUGCAGCACAUCAAGUCGCAAUGACAGCAAAUGCGGUGACUUUCAAUUCACCACUCCUCUUCCAUUUCGAAAGACAAGAAAUAUUUCAUCAUCAACUCCUGAUAUGAAAGGAAGUACCAGUAAGAUUAACCCUGAUGUGGAAAAUGAGGUGUCAAGGCUCUUGGCAGAGAGAGCAGAACUUGAGAACAGACUGUGCCUGACACAGCAGGAACUCAAUGACAUGGAAAACAAAUUCCAGGUAUGCACGUCAAUUCCUACCAAUAUUUUAUUGGAUAUGCUAAACCCUUUGAUGUAGCUUUUGGCUUCUAGGGCUACAUGUAAUUCAAAGUACUGUUUAGGCUCAAAAUGUUUUGUGUUUUCUGUUGCCUUAGCCUGACAUCAGGAAUGCAAUGCCAACUGAUAAAUAGAAUGAUAUAAAAUUUUUGCCAUAGU